GUCAUAAAGCCAGGCCAAAUAAUGUUAACCGGUUUCUGAAUCGGAUUAAGCGCGCUAGUCAAGAUCGCUCGAUACUAGUAGAUACCUUGAUGGCCGGAGUUGGAAAGCCACUUAGUGAUCGUAGCUCGCUCGGAAUGGUCCGAUCAAGUUGGUCGAAUGUGAGAGUACUCCCUGGGGCUCUGCUGUGGCUCCUGUUCCAGGGGAUUCCCCUGCUGGCCAUUCGCCUAAAGCCCUGCGAACUUGCAGGCCAGCUGUAUAUAUUAGAUGUCCCGAAAGCGGAGUUGCCCCUGUGGCUUUGCAUCGCGGAGUUUGAGAGCCGAUUUAACACACACGUCGUCGGUCAGGCCAAUACGGAUGGCUCAAGGGACUAUGGACUCUUCCAGAUCAGCGAUCGUUACUGGUGUGCACCUCCGAAUCGGACGGAAUACUAUGCGUUCAACGAUUGCAACGUGAAUUGCACUCGGCUUCUGAGCGACGACAUUACCAUGGCCGUUCAGUGCGCCCGGCUCAUCCAGAAACAACAGGGUUGGACGGCCUGGUCCGUCUACCCGGAGUUCUGCAAUGGGACUUUGAAAGCUAUCGACGAGUGUUUCCAACCGAGCAACGCCACUGAUUGUUUGACCAGCGAGAUAGAAGAGGACAAAGAUUGUUAGAGAUAGUCUGCCCAUUAUGUCAUCACUGCCGAAAUAUGUGAAUUGGUAUAGGCAAAAUUAAAAGCUUAAUUACCGUUUAAACUCGACUUGUUUUAUUGAAUGUUCUGAGAGGUCACGGCAUGCUACUUUGUUGUGCUCAAUUAAC